CCACCGCGGUAUGCAUUAUGCAAAAGGAUCGCAUGUGUUCCAGUGUUUACAAUCAACCUUGGCACUAUUCGUAUAAAGAGUUCCACAAAUACGCAAUCACUAAGCACACUGCCAUUCAUGACUUGACGGCGGCUCUGUUCUCCGCGGUUUCCGCAUUGUUGCCUCCGUACAUAAAACCGUGCAAAAAGAGCGAUCCCGACAUCAACAAAUGUAUUGUCAGGUCCAUCGAUCAGCUUCGCGACAAAUUGGCCUCUGGGAUCCCGGAACUGGAGGCACCCGCCAUUGAACCUUUGAAUUUGAAGGAAAUUCGACUGUCGAGAGGACCGGUUGGAGCACGGCUUGAUGUAAAUCUCACGGAUAUGCAGGUGGCAGGACCCUCUUCGUUCAAAGUGCGUGAUCUCGAAGCAGACGUGGAGAACGUGAAAUUCACGUUCAAGGUAUCUUUUGAGAAACUGAGCUUCCAGGGCAAAUAUCAGAUAGACGCGAGGAUCCUUCUGUUGCGGUUGGCAGGCCAAGGAGAUCUUUCGGGGACGUUCACCGACUACGAUUCCGAUAUUGUACUGAAAGCACGCAAAGUGUUAAGAGGCGGCGAGACCUAUCUAAACUUCGAGAAGAUGAAGAUCAAAAUCAAAAUCGGCAAAUCGAACUUGCACCUGAGCAAUUUGUUUCGCGAGGACUCGAUUCUAGGUACUGCCAGCAACGAACUACUGAACAACAACAGCGCGCUGCUAAUAGACGAAAUAACACCUGUACUGGAAACUUCAUUGGCCGAACUCUUCACGGAUGUAGCCAACAAAAUCACCAAAUCUUUCACCUACAAAGAAUUAUUCCCUGAAAAUUGACACUAUUAAACGCGAUACUUCAUCAUCAAUAGAGACCUUAGUUCUUCAUUCGACUAAAAUUAUUGACUGCCAGUUUGCUCAAGUGCGCCAAAGAAGUUGCUUUGUCACAAGGAAAACAUGAUUCUUGGGAAGUUUCUGCGACAAGAUGGCGGCUCGCGUGAAUAUCAUAGAAAUAAAACCUAUUUCAAACAGUAACAUCUUGUAAUUAAUUUUAAAAAAGUCAGAAUACAAUAUCAAAUGCGAUGUGUAGUGAAAUUAUUGGGUUGAUGCAAAUGUUUUGAGUUUCCUUUAUAAGAAAUA